AUGACUCUCAUCGAUUCGCUUCCACAAGACGUUAAAUCCCUGAUCCCCAAAGAGAAUGCCGACUUUUGUCACUCGUUGUCGGCUGAAGAAGCUGAGCACUUGAAGGAUCUCUUGGGAAAGCACAAAACUUUCUGCAACAUUGACGGAUUGAUGGAGGAUUGUCAAGGAGUCUGUGCGAGUCUUCAUGGAAAAUUUCAAAGCCUGCUAGGCGCGAACUCGGCUCGUUUAUCCGGACUCUCCGACGAGGCGAAGGGUUUCGCUAAAGAGGUACGUAAAAAGAAA